GGAGGGCGAGCGAGAGGGAAAGAGCGCGGCUGAGCAGGGAAAGUCACAAAAAGACGUGGACAUAUUUUGGAUGUUUUACAAUCUGCAGGAUUGGGGCUGCGGAUUGUAAAGGAGAAGCUGUUGGUAGCUAUGGGUACUUCCCCACAGACCUUCUUGAUCCUGGGAUGUUUUCUCACAGGACCAUUCCUAACAUUUUGCCAGCUUCCUCUGCCAACCAUUGUUCCCAAUAGGAAUGAAAUGGUGGUACAGCUGAAUUCCAAUUUCACACUCAAAUGCUCUGGAGACAGUGAAGUGAGCUGGCAGUACCCAGUGACCGAGGGAAACCACAGGAUAGACAUUAGACACGAAGAAAACAACAGUGGCCUCUUCGUGACAGUGCUCGAAGUAGGAAAUGCCUCGGCCGCCCAUACAGGCUUGUAUGUUUGCUAUUAUAACCACACACAAGUGGAGGACGGGGAAGUGGAAGGGAAGGACAUCUACAUCUACGUGCCUGACCCAGAUAUGCCUUUUGUUCCUUCUAUACCAGAAGACCAGUUCAUCCUAGUAGAAGAAGGUGAUCCUGCAGUUAUUCCUUGUCGGACAAGUGACCCAGAUGCUCAAGUGACUUUAGUUAACAGUUUAGACAAGCCCGUGUAUGCUUUAUAUGACACCAAACAAGGCUUCAUAGGCAAUUUUCCUGCGGGCUCAUACACAUGCAAAACAAUGGUUAAAGGCGUGGAGUUCAAAUCUGACGAGUUCCUCAUCUAUAUUAUAAGAGCUACUUCACAGCUGCCUGUUGAAAUUGAAGCUCUUAAAACUGUCUACAAAACAGGCGAGACCAUCGUAGUAACUUGUGUGGUCUUUGACAAUGAGGUGGUUAAUUUACAGUGGAAUUAUCCUGGGAAAGUGAAAGAAAAAGGUCUGAUAAAACUUGAUGAUAUCAAAGUCCCAUCGCAGAAGCUGGUUUACACCUUGACCAUUCCUGAGGCAUCAGUGAAAGACACAGGGGAUUAUGAAUGUACUGCUCGGCAUGCAACCAAGGAGGUUAAGGAAAAUAAGAAAGUAGUCAUUACAGUUCAUGACAAAGGCUUUGUUCACCUGGAGCCCCAGUUUAGCCCUCUGGAAGCUGUCAACCUGCAUGAAGUCAAAAACUUUGUUGUUGAUGUGCAGGCUUACCCAGCACCAAAAAUGUACUGGUUGAAGGAUAAUGUGACUCUGAUUGAAAAUCUUACGGAGAUUGUUACUAGUUCCAACAGAGUCCAGGAAACAAGGUUUCAGAGUAUUUUAAAAUUGAUACGGGCCAAGGAGGAAGACAGUGGAUACUAUACUUUGGUUGCUGAAAAUGAAGAUGAAAUUAAAAGAUACACCUUCUCAUUGCUAAUACAAGUUCCAGCUCUGAUCUCAGCUCUUGUGGAUGAUCACCAUGGCUCUGCAGGUGGGCAGACAGUGAGAUGUUUGGCAGAGGGGACCCCACUUCCUGAUGUGGAAUGGCUGGUUUGCAAGGACAUUAAAAAGUGCAGCAAUGACACCUCAUGGACCCUUUUGACUAACAAUAUGUCUGAUAUACACAUGGAAGCCCACCUGGAUGAGAAAAAUAUGGUGGAAAGCCAGGUGACCUUCCAGAAGGUAGAGGAAACCCUGGCUGUGCGAUGUGUGGCAAGGAAUGACCUCGGUGCUGUUACUCGAGAACUGAAGCUUGUGGCUCCCACCUUGAGAUCAGAGCUGACAGUGGCUGCUGCCGUCUUAGUGCUGUUAGUGAUUGUGAUAAUUUCACUGAUUGUCCUGGUCAUCAUAUGGAAACAGAAGCCAAGGUAUGAGAUUAGAUGGAGAGUCAUUGAGUCUAUCAGCCCUGAUGGCCACGAGUACAUUUAUGUGGACCCAAUGCAACUGCCUUAUGACUCCAGAUGGGAAUUUCCUCGAGAUGGGUUAGUGCUUGGUCGGAUCCUUGGUUCUGGUGCAUUUGGAAAAGUAGUUGAAGGGACUGCAUAUGGAUUGAGUCGCUCUCAACCGGUGAUGAAAGUAGCUGUGAAAAUGCUGAAACCUACAGCUAGAUCCAGUGAAAAACAGGCACUCAUGUCUGAACUGAAGAUAAUGACACAUCUUGGCCCCCACCUGAAUAUUGUGAAUCUGCUUGGAGCUUGUACAAAAUCAGGUCCUAUUUACAUCAUUACUGAAUACUGUUUUUAUGGGGAUUUGGUGAACUACCUGCAUAAGAAUAGGGACAAUUUCCUGAACCGACACCCAGAAAAGCCUAAAAAAGAUUUGGAUAUCUUUGGGAUGAACCCUGCUGAUGAAAGCACAAGAAGUUAUGUGAUACUAUCGUUUGAAAACACUGGAGAAUACAUGGACAUGAAACAAGCUGAUACCACUCAGUAUGUGCCAAUGCUGGAAAGGAAGGAGGGCUCUAAAUACUCUGAUAUUCAGAGAUCUGUGUAUGAUCGGCCUGCUUCAUAUAAGAAGAAAUCCAUGUCAGAAUCAGAAGUCAAAAACCUUCUUUCAGAUGACAGUUCAGAGGGCCUCAGCCUACUGGAUUUGCUGAGCUUCACCUACCAGGUUGCACGGGGAAUGGAAUUCUUGGCUUCUAAAAAUUGUGUGCACCGUGACUUGGCUGCUCGUAAUGUCCUCCUGGCUCAAGGAAAAAUUGUGAAGAUCUGUGACUUUGGGCUGGCUAGAGACAUCAUGCAUGAUUCCAACUAUGUCUCCAAGGGCAGUACUUUUCUCCCAGUAAAAUGGAUGGCACCUGAAAGUAUUUUUGACAACCUGUACACAACAUUAAGUGAUGUCUGGUCUUAUGGCAUUCUGCUGUGGGAAAUAUUUUCUCUUGGUGGCACACCAUAUCCUGGCAUGAUGGUGGAUUCUACUUUCUACAAUAAGAUCAAGAGUGGAUACCGAAUGGCCAAACCCGAUCAUGCUACCAAUGAAGUGUAUGAGAUUAUGGUGAAGUGCUGGAACAGUGAACCAGAGAAAAGACCGUCUUUCUACCAUUUGAGUGAAAUUGUGGAGAGCCUGCUGCCUGGAGAGUACAAAAAGAGCUAUGAGAAGAUUCAUCUGGACUUCCUGAAAAGUGACCACCCAGCUGUCACACGCAUGAGAGGGGACUGUGACAAUGCUUACAUUGGUGUAACUUACAAGAACGAAGACAAGCUAAAGGACAGGGAGAGUGGAUUUGAUGAGCAGAGGCUGAGUGCUGACAGUGGAUACAUCAUUCCCCUGCCUGACAUUGACCCUGUUUCUGAAGAUGAGCUUGGCAAAAGAAACAGACACAGUUCGCAGACAUCUGAAGAAAGUGCCAUUGAAACUGGUUCCAGUAGCUCUACCUUCAUCAAGAGAGAGGACGAGACCAUUGAGGACAUUGACAUGAUGGAUGACAUUGGGAUCGACUCCUCAGACCUGGUGGAGGACAGCUUCCUGUAACCCCACCGACACCUGCCAGCUCUGCACACAGGGAAGCUUCCCGUGUUGCCUACAGACUUCUGCUCCACAGAGAAAACCACUUUAAUGUAACAACAAGGAUGUGAAGAGGAGGUGGAUUUGUAGAAAGGAAUUCCCAGAAAUGGGCAGAGGAUUCAGCCUGAGAAUAAAUGAAAGAGAUAUAUUGAAGAUGGAUUUUUUUUAGUGUUGCUCCUUGCAGUACUUCAGUAGCAUCUCAGUGUUGCUUGCCAUUCCAACUGGUAGGAGGAUGAAGGGAAAGGCCACAAACUGACCAGUUUUGGGUUUCAAGGGCAUUCAUAUGACUUUGAUGGACCAAUUUUCCACUGCAGCAAUACUUCACCAUUGUAAUUAUGUAAAUAACUGUCUACUCAAGGAUCUUUUGAGGUGCACAUUGAACAUAUGCCAUGGAUUUUAGAAGAGGUCAUUCAUGAAUUUUGUGUACUCCUCCCUCAAUCUCAAUGUCAGCUGCUGUUGAACUAUCAUGUGAAUUGAAGAACAUGCAAAAACCACUUUUGGACCAUAAAGGUCUAAAACCACAAGGGACUGACUGGUACUAUAAAGCACGUUACUUUCUACCAUUAAUGCAAGUAAAGGGGAAUAAUAACGAUAAUAAUAAUGAUAAUUAAAAGUCAGUCUAUAAAUAGGUGUUAGAAACCUAGUAAGUCUUUAUUAACUAUAGAAGGUAGCUAUUUUCAAGAUAAUACUACUACUGUUUUCAGUAACACUAAAUGUAUAUUUUACAAUCCAUUGUCCUUCAGUAAAAGCACAGUAUUGAAACACUUUUUUAAGUGCAGGGGAGAAAUUUCCAGCCCAAAACAUAUUUUUUUUUUUGGAUCUACACAGAAUGGUAAUAGUAACAUGGAGAAAAAAAUUAAAAUUAUUUUCUUUCAUGAGCUGAGUGCUUUUCUAAUCAGAUAUACUAGAAGCAAUUACCUUUUCUCUGAUUAAGUGAGGUUUAAAAAAUUUAAAUUAAAAAAAAAGCAACAAAAAACAACACCAGAAAUAUCCCAUUAUUAGUUUUUCAUGGGUACUCAAAAGAAAUCUUAUCCUGAGGUUAACUGUGAAGAAUUGAUUUGAUAUUUGAACUGUUCAAGGAAUAAAGACAUUUCUCUCAUCCUGAAACAUGAGUUCAAAUAAGCAGAAAUAAAUAUGCAGAAAAUAAUCUUGUCUUAAUUUUCAAGUUUAAACAGGAGCAGAAAUCUUUACUAUCUUUGCAGACUAACUACAAAAGGUAUAUGCUUCUAUGAAUGUUUUUUGGAAGAAGGUGCAUGAAAAUGAACCUGCUCUCAGCCUGCAAUUGUUUUUUGACACCAGUUAUAUGAACAAAGUAUUAUAAUUACUUUUAUCACUGUACAAUGUGUUAUUGAGCUAUGAUGCUUCGGAAGACUUACACGUGAAAAAUGUUCAUCACUGCCAAGGGUUCCAUCCUUUCUGGUACUCAACUUUCAAACUUUGCCUUAAUUCAGUGCAAUGAGCACCUAGCAGGAUAUGCCCAGCCUCUGUUACAACAUAACCAAUGCAAAUGCGGUGCAAACUCAUUCCUGUGUUACAGUAUUUUCCUAGGAAGUGUGAAAGAGUGACUGACAGAACAUGCUGCCAUGUUAAACUACAGUUUACCUUCAAAUGGCCCUACAAAAAGCUUCAUAAGUCCCCUUGACUUCACUUGUGGACAGAUCAGAUAAAAGCAAAUGCAAUAUUGGCAAUGUUACAGUGUGGGAUGCUGCACAGGCAAAUAAUUUUGGGUCUGGGUUUCAAGCUGUCACCUGGCUGAGGCCAUGCACAAGAUCACAGCAAAUGUGAAAACAGGACCUGAAGCGAGCCCCUGCAUUUUCAACCGCGAUGGAAGCUGACAAUCAGAAGGAAUGGUGAAUGAAGGUGCAUUCUCUGCUUCUUGCAUUCGACAGACCAAGAACAAGUGUCUUCCUGGGACCAUGCUUUUGCCAAACACGUCACUGAGCUCUGUAUGGGGACAACUGUGAAACAUAGACUCUUGAUACAGCCAGGACAGAUGAGAUGGUGUGAAAUCUCCCUCCAGUUAUGAACUACGAAUUGAGGAAACACAAAUUGUCUAUGGAUAUCCCAGAUAUCUGAAUGGCCACUUGAGAUGACAUGUGCCUUAAUUUGCACGUGUAGUCUUUACAACUACACAUUCAAAUUAGGCAAGUAAUUUCACCUGCAUUUUUGCACAUGGCCUAGUGUUCUUCAGGGUUUGAAAAUCAGCCCCAGCAUGUUUUAUUAUAUCAGUUACUGGAAUCUAAGGACAUUUUUAUGCAGAUUUGCCUUCCCCUCACCAGACUCAUUCUGUAUCUCACAGUGCAUCUCAAGCUAGACUCAAACAGUGAACCAGAGCUGACUCACUUUCUGGUACACAGUAGUGUUAAUUCCCCAUCUUGCCAUGAGUAUUGUGCAGAUCAGUUGCAUCCGUGGCAGGGGUCUAGCCAAACCCAGCUCACUGCAGGCUUGUCAUCAGACAAGCUGGCCUGGAAACUGGAAUGAGAAGGAGAGGAAGAGAGAGGAUUUACUAGACAGGGAGAAGUGUGAGAGGAUGAAUUGUUUAGUUUCACAAUAUUAUCAGUAUUACAGACUUUUUUCUUUUUAUGGCUUACUUUUUGAGAAGCCACUGGAAGAGAUAUUCCCAAACCUUUUGCUACAGUAAUUGUAUAACGACAAUCAGUGUUAUCCUACAAAAUGCAGCUUUUGAUUUGGAAUGGCCAACCAAUUCCUUACAGCGUGGUCUGCAACUUGUACAAAAUGGUCCUAUUACAUGAUGAAGGACGUGAGAUAUGAUGAUGUUAUACAUCAAUAUGUAUAUAAGUAUUUUUAUAUAGACUUCUAGAAUACUGCCAAAACAUUUAUGACAGCUAUAUCACUGCCUUUGUUUAUAUUUUUUUUACUGUGAUAUAUUCCACAGGCACGUUAACUGUUGCACUUUGAAUGUCCAAAAGCUAUAUUUUAGAAUAAUAAAAAAGGAAGUGUUUCCAAAAUGUUGGCUGUUGUGAAAUGUUUGAAGAAGGGCAAACUGGCCUGAGCGACGGUAGGCACAAAAUGUAUUUCAAAAAUGCCCCUGUUGAUAUUUUGUCUUUGAAAAAAAUCUUGUAAAUUAAGAUCUCUAUAUUUCAAUAAAUGAUAUAUAAUUUAAA